AUGUCUGCAAUCACACCGCCCGCUCCAUUCAACCCAACCGGGGAAGAUUGGGAAGCUUACAUGGAGCGAUUCUAUAUGUUCAUGGAGGUGAACGAUCUGCUGAGCUUAUCAGAGCAGAGGAAGAGGGCCCUUUUCCUCACCCAUUGCGGCCCGGCAGUGUUUAAAAUGUCAAAAGCGCUUGCCGCCCCAGCCGAUCUGAAGACCAUGACCUGGACAACGUUGCAAGAAAUACUCAAGGCACACUACGCACCACAAGCAUCAUCCCUGGUAAGAAGGCAUGAGUUUUAUCGGAGGGACCAAAGAGAGGGAGAGACAAUCAGUGCGUUCGUGGCGACCUUGCGGGAAAUAGCUGCCGCAUGCAAUUUCCUGAAUCUAGAAGAGGCCAUGAGGGACCGUCUAGUACUGGGACUGAGGGACCUCACGUUACAGAGUAGGUUGCUGGCCCGGCCUCAAAUUACAUUCAAGGAGGCCUUGGAAGAAGCAUCCGCAACCGAAGCUUCCCAGAAAUCGGCGGCGGCUAUGAAGAAAAUGAAAAGCGGGCCGCCCGUAAAGGAGGAGGCGGCCGUGCACUAUGAAAGAGUGGAAUCGGGUUCGGAGGAAGAGGACGAGGAGGAUGAAGUCCAUCACCUCCGAGCCGAUCGCAAGGAGAGACAACAGGGGAAGAGAGAGGCCUGGUGCUUGGGAUGCGAAGGGAACCACCCAAGAGCCGAAUGCAGAUUCCGGGACGCUAUCUGCCAAAGAUGCGAAAAGAAAGGGCACAUAGCGAGGGUCUGCAGGACAUCCCAGCCAGCCUCAAGGAGGACCAGACCCCCCCGAUCGCCAACAAACAACAGAAAAUUCCAGACAAGUGGGAAGAGACAACCGUUUGGGCGAGGACAAAGAAACGAUGACCAUCGGGCGGAUCGAGGCGAGACCCAUCAAACCAUCGUGAUCGGCCAUGCCAGCGCGGGAAGGGCAAAUAAGAUGGCGGCAACAGUCUUGAUCGAGGGGAGACCCUGCAGAAUGGAGGUGGACUCGGGAUCCAGCCUAUCGAUGGUAUCCUGGACAACAAUCAAGAAGCUCCUGCCACACAUCACAGCCCGCGACCUCAAACGACAGCGCCUCACCCUCAUCGACUACCAAGGGAACCGAAUUCCUGUGGUAGGCAUUGGCAAGUUGAACGUAGCCUACAAGACAUUCAAAGCCACGCUACCCCUCACGAUUGUGGACAGAGACCGGCCCAGCCUGCUGGGCAUGGAGUGGUUCGAGCCAUUGGGGCUAGCCAUCACCGGCGUCGAUCACAUCGGAAACGACACCUGGGAGGAGGACCUGAUGAGGGAGUUCGCAGAGGUCUUUAACAACGAGCUAGGCAAGUACAAAGGGUCCCCAAUCUCAUUCAAUUUAGACCCCCAGGUAGCCCCAAUCCGAAUCAAACCCCGGAGAGUCCCUUUUGCGCUACGGCCAAAAAUAGACGAACAAUUAGAUAAACUGGUCGUGCAGGGAGUGUUAGAGCCAAUAGACCACACGAGAUGGGAAACCCCCAUCGUGACACCGAUUAAACCGGACGGGUCAGUACGCUUGUGUGGAGACUAUAAAAGUACAUUAAAUAAGGCGCUCCAACAAAGCGCAUACCCUGUACCAGUAGUCCAACACCUCUUGCAUUCCUUGGGGAGGGGAAGAAUCUUCGCAAAAUUGGAUUUAGCACAAGCAUACCAGCAGCUGCCCGUAGAUGAAGCCACCGCGGAAGCACAAACCAUCGUUAUACACAGGGGCGCAUUCAAAUGUAAGAGACUGCAAUUUGGGGUGAGCGUAGCGCCCGGGCUUUUCCAAAGCCUGAUGGAACGACUCCUACAGGGAAUCGAGGGAGUCGUCCCAUAUUUCGACGAUGUAUUAAUAUCAGCAAGGGACACGACUCAAUUGAAGCAGCGGCUGAGGGAGGUGCUGACAAGGUUCCAGAAAGUGGGACUCAAAGUUAAAAGGGACAAGUGCCAACUAGCAGAGACUCAGGUCGAGUUCCUGGGAUACUUGAUAGAUGAGUCGGGAAUUAGACCCACCCCCGGGAAGCUGAGAGCGAUCAAGGAAGCACCCCCCCCAAAAAAUAAAACCGAACUGCAGCGAGAGAGGAAAGCGUUCGAAGACAUCAAGAACCUUUUAACGUCAGACAGAGUUUUAGUGCAAUACAGCAGGACAUUACCCAUAAGACUAACUUGCGAUGCAUCCCCCUUCGGCAUCGGAGCUGUAUUGAGCCACAAGAUGCCUAACGGAACAGAGGCCCCCAUUGCAUUUUUCUCCCGGACUUUGUCAAAACCCGAACGGAACUAUAGCCAAUUGGACAAAGAGGCGUUAGCCGCAGUAGCCGGAAUAAAAAGGUUCCAUGAGUAUCUCUACGGUCGGAGUUUUGAACUAAUAACCGACCACAAGCCAUUGUUAGGCAUCAUAGCAGGGGACAAACCAACACCCCCCGUUUUGUCGCCCAGAAUGCUAAGAUGGGUAGUUCUGGCGGCCUACAACUACACAUUGCUCCACCACCCGGGAAAAUCAAUCGACCAUGCAGACGCGAAGGGGUGGCCGGAGGAAAAAGACAUAAGCACAGAGUUCCUGCCAUACAAACGGAGGCAAAAUGAACUGUCAGGACUAAGGGGGUGCGUGUUGUGGGGGGAUAGAGUCAUUGUUCCAAACACACUAAGACAACAGACACUCAGAUUACUCCACGACGGGCACCCGGGGAUCGUGAGGAUGAAAGCCCUGGCCAGAAGCUACGUGUGGUGGCCCGGGAUGGACAAGGAAAUUGAGACGUGGGUGUCCUCUUGCGCAAACUGCCAAGAGUCGAGGGCGGCACCAAACUCAGCCCCCGUCCACGACUGGGAAAACCCGGGAACACCAUGGGCCAGAUUGCACAUCGACUUCGCAGGGCCGUGCAAAGGGAAUACGUUCCUAGUCAUCGUGGACGCAUAUUCAAAGUGGCUCGAAGUAGUGCUCAUGUCGACGACCACAGCAGACGCAGUGAUUAAAGUAUUGAGACGCCUAUUCGCCACACAUGGGAUUCCCGACCUCAUAGUCUCCGACAACGGGCCGCCGUUCACAUCAAACACCUUCGAGAUGUUCCUCGCUGACCAAGGAAUAAGGCACGCCUUAUCGGCCCCCCAAAAACCUUCGACGAAUGGUUUGGCGGAACGGAUGGUGAGAUCUACAAAGGAGACGCUUAUGAGAUUAGGCCCAGGGGACAUUCAGGCCAAAUUAGAUAAACUAUUAGCCAUCCAGCACAUUACACCAAGCGCCACGACCCACCGAAGCCCAGCAGAAUUAUUAAUGGGCCGUAAGCUGAGAUCCCCUCUGGACAGACUGCACCCGCAGUACAGCACAGAGAAGCCAACCGACUCCACGAGCAGAAUCCGAGAGUUCCAGCCAGGGGACAGAGUCUACGCAAAAAACCUGAGCGGAAACCCACUCUGGGUACCAGCAACAAUAACCCAGGUGACGGGGCCCCUGUCCUACCGGGUCCAGACAACAGACGGCCAGCACUGGAAAAGGCACAUCGACCAGCUCAGGGGAAGAUUAACGAGAGUCGAGAGGGAAACCCAGCACAACAACCAGGGGGAAGGAAAAGACACGCAAGCGGUACCAGAGCAGGCCAAUACACAAACGCCAGUUCUGGACACGCCUAACACCAGCCUGGAAGAAGAUAACAGCGAGCACGUACCUGAGUCCACGGAGGAGGCGACAGGCGCCGAAAGGAGCCGGCGGGGACAGCCAAGUAAAGUGGGAGAAGGAGGCGAAUCCACGCCAGAGACCGAGUUCGAGAGAGUUCCGGAGCCCACACAGAGGGAGCAGCGGACCUCAACCUCUCAACCCGAAGGCACUGGAACGACUGAACUGCGCAGGUCCGGUCGAACCUCCAAGCGACCCGCCUACUUACGCGACUACGUAGCAUAG